GCAGGAAACAGUUCCUGUUACUUUCCUCUGAAGAACUGAAGAAGAUUAAUGAGCUGUUCAGAACCACUGACUUCACAUGGACUGGGUUUAAAUCAGCUUCACCUGCUUUAAAUGAACAGCUGCAGGAAGACUGACUGUCUGUCUGUCUGUCUGUCUGACUGUCUGUCAUUUAACUACACAUAAAACUGACACUGAUGUUUUAUUCAGUCCAGGGUCUGAAAACUUCUUAAACAACUGGUUAAAACUGGAACAACAACAACAACAACAACAACAACAACAGUAAUAAUAAUAUCAGCUUAUUAGAUGUUGUAGUUAAAGUGAAGAAAACACAGAAGAUUCUGGAACAAAUUAAACUUGUUAGCUGGUGUUAACCACUGUUAGCUACUGUUAGCUGGUCAGUGUGCGAUUGUCAAGUUAAUUUAAAAGAAUUUUCAGUCGCUUUACUGAGUUCACGUGUUUCGGUCUGGAACCAGAAAGACAGGAGAAUGAAACAGAAAAUCAGGAAAACAAUGGGUCCAUCAAAACCAGACUCGUUGUUCCUGAAAAGCACCUCAGCAGUUUCCCUCCAUGACCGAUUCUCUCAGGUUCUCCUGGACCAGUUCGCCCGGUCCAGGACAGUGACCUUUGACCCCUUUCUGCCGCCGCAGAGGGGGACAUCGGCCGCUCAGCAGGUGUUUCUGCUGGUGAAGCAGGAGCCGUCUCUGCAGGGUCCUGGCGUCUCUCCAAGGGGGAGGCUGGGUCUGAGGAGGAGGAGGAGUGUCUGGACUCGACUCGGCUGGCGGCAGACGACCUGUCGACCUCGAGGCUUCUGGAGCUUCACCAACAAAUACAGAUGGAGAGCCAGGUUCACGUCCACCUACAGGAGACGAGGUCCCCUGAGGAGUGGACUGGGUCAGCGUCGCUUCAUGAGGAGGACAAACACCCAGGAACUGACUCCAGGACCACACCUGAAUCUGAACUUACCCAGGGGUGGGGCCUCAGCGCGGAGGAGGCAUGUCCACCAGAGAAAAGACGUCGUACCGACGAAGAAGCAGCUGGACGAACAGCUGGACGACUACAUGUCGAUGUCCCGGAGCAGACUGGACGCCGAGCUGGACGAGUACAUGUCGAUGGCUGGAGAGACACAGUGGGACUGAGGGGAGGCAGGUUCUGGUUCUGGUUCUGGACUGAGAGAAGUUGAUUUAGUUUCCUGGUGAUUCUCAGCUGGGGUAGACCACAGACCUCAGAUCAGUUUAAUGAUGACAGAUGACAGGCUCUGACUUUAGUUUACUGAUUUAAAUCAACACGUCGUUGUUUUGUUUACAUGUUGUUUUGUGUUUCCUCUGAUCAGUGUGUACUUCACUGACCUCUCUGUGUGUUGGAUCUUCUAUGACUCGGUCAGAUUGUGUUACCGAGGCUCCACUUUAGUUCCCAGAAUUUUAAUAAAAGAUGUUUCCUGCCGAGUCUGUGUGUUUCC